CAAUCAUUCGUUCGUUCAAUAUUCAGUAUAGGCAACUUAACGGAACAAAAGUGGACUGUCAAUUUGCCCGUCAAAUCAAUCAAGAUUUUCUAAAACAAAAGUUUCUCAAAAAUAAAUAAAGAUGUUUCGUGCUAAUAAUUUCGAUAAGUUACUUGAUAAAGCCACCAGUAAUCUACGUCUAGAUCCAGAUUGGCCAACAAUUUUACAAAUUUGCGACUUGAUUAGACAGAAUGACUGCACGCCUAAAUAUGCAAUUGCUGGGAUCAAAAAGAAAUUGUACUCUCAGAAUCCACAUCAAGCUAUGUUUGCAUUGCUAACUUUAGAAAGUGUUGUCAAGAACUGUGGUUCCGGCAUCCAUGAUGAAGUGGCGUCGAAGGGGUUUUGUGAAAUGCUCAGAGACCUGGUGAAGACCACUCAGCAUGAGAACCUCCGGAACAAGAUCUUGGAGCUGAUACAAGCCUGGGCAUUUGCCUUCCGGAACAAUCCGAAGUACAGAGCCGUCCAGGACACUGUGAACAUCCUGAAGGCUGAAUGUUUCAAGUUCCCCCCGCUGAAGGAGUCUGACGCGAUGUUCUCGGCCGACACGGCCCCCGAGUGGGCUGACGGCGAGGUCUGCCACAGAUGUCGAGUUGCAUUCACGAUGUUGGUGCGGCGCCACCACUGCCGCGCCUGCGGGCAGGUGUUCUGCCAGCAGUGCAGCUCCAAGACUUCCACGCUGCCUAAGUUUGGCAUUGAGAAGGAGGUGCGAGUAUGUGACGCUUGCUUUGACAAAGUUAGCCGACCACCAACAGCUUCUUCGGCUAAACUGGACAUUGUUGACACGUCCAAUGACUACGGCCCAACUGCUCAGACCCCGAAGCGUCCAACAGGACCAGGCGGCAAGACGGCCGAGGAGCUACAGGAGGAAGAAGAGCUGCAAUUGGCGCUCGCGCUCAGCCAAUCAGAGGCCGAGCACAAGGAGAAGGAGCGGCGCUCGCGCACGCACAUCGCGCCCGCCGCCGCCUCGUUGCAUCCCACUGUAUCCCCGACGCCGUCGUCAGUGAGCGCGUCGCCCGAGCACAGCGCGACCGGCAACCCGGAGCUGUCGCGCUACCUGGACCGCAACUACUGGGAGCAGCGCCUGUCGCGCGACGCCGCCGCGCCCACCGCGCCCGCCUCGCACGCCUCCGCCGAGCCCUCUGUGGACUACGCCAAGUCGGCGACAUCCAGCAAAGCUCAAGCCGACGAAGACGCCGAGGAUAAGGAAAUAGACGAGUUCGUCGGAGCGCUGAAAUCUCAAGUCGAAAUAUUCGUCAAUAGGAUGAAAAGUAACUCUUCAAGGGGUCGGUCGAUCGCCAACGACACGGCGGUGCAGAGUCUGUUCAUGAACAUCACGGCGAUGCACUCGCGCCUGCUGCGCUACAUCCAGCAGCAGGACGACAAGAGGGUCUACUUGGAGAGUUUACAGGACAAAGUAUCCCAGAUCCGCGACAGCCGCGCGGCUCUCGACACUCUUCGCGCGGAGCACGCGGCCCGCAUCGCCGCGGCGGCCGAGGCGGCCGACAGACAGAGACAGAUGCAGAUGGCGUCCAAGCUGCAGGCUAUGCGGAAGAAGAAGCACGACUAUCUGCAGUAUCAGAGGCAGUUGGCGUUGCAGAGGGUGCAGGAGCAAGAGCGUGAGAUGCAGAUGCGCCAGGAGCAGCAGAAGCAUCAGUACAUGAUGUCGUCGGGCGGCUACUACAUGCCGGGCGUCAGCGCCGUGCACCAGUUCCAGGCGCCCUACCCGCAGAUGUACGCCAAUCAGUAUAUGAUGCCCCAGGCCAGCGCCGACGGCUCGCUCAACCAGCCGCAGAUGUCGCAGGCCAACCUCAUCCCCAACCCCAUGAACAACGCCCCGCAGUCCAUGCCGCAACUCACGCAAGGCUACGCCAUGUCAACAUCAACCGCCAGCCAACCCACCAACCAACAGUCCAUCAGCCAGGCCAACAUUCGCCAGCCGCUGGGACCGCACAUGUCCAUGCCCAACCAGAUGAUGAUACAACAAAUGCACCAGAUGCGGCUCGGCCAACCCAGCGUGCCGCAGAUGGUGACGCAGAACGGCUACGCCAAUCAGAACAUGCCGCAGAGCGGGCAGACCACGCCGCAGUUGCAGAAGCAGAACCAGCCGCAGCCCGGCAUGAUGCCGCCCAUGUCCGUCGGCCAGCAGGUCAACCCCAACAACCCCAUGAUGGCGCACAUGCAGAACAUGAGGAUGCCCUACCAGCAGCCCGGACAGGUGCCCGGCUACCCCAUGCAGAACCCGCAGCUCCCCAACAUGCAGCAGGCGUCGCAGCUGCACAUGCAGGGGCAGCCCAUGUCGCUCCCCGGGCAGCAAAUGAUGCCGGGACAGAACCCUAACAUGCCCAUUCAGAACCACAUUCCGACUAGCAAUCAAAACGCACAGCAGGGACAGCAAGUGCCUCAAACACAAGGGCAACAGAUGCCGCAGCCGCCCAUGAGUCAGGGGCAGCCGAUGAGCCUCCAGACCCAGUCAAUGCAGUCGCCCAACCAGCAGAUGAAUAUGCAAAUGAUGCCUAACCAACAGAUGCUCUCUCAAGGUCAGCCGAUGCCUAGUCAAGGUCAACCAAUCAUGAGUCAAGGCCAGCAGAUGCCGGCCCCGGGCCAGCAGUACCAACCCGGUCAGAUGCCUCAGCAGAUACCCAACCAGGGGCAACCAAUGCCAGGUCAGCCUCAGCCGGCGGGACAGCAAAUGAUUCAAAAUCAGCAAAUGCCUCAGAAUCAGCAAAUGCCACAAAAUCAGCAAAUGCCACAAAAUCAGCAAAUGCCACAGAAUCAGCAAAUGCAGAUGGGUCAGCCCAUGCCUGGGGGUCAACCCGGCAUGAAUCCAGGGCAACAACUGCCUCAGGGUCAACAGAUGCCUCAAAAUCCGCAAAUGACACAAGGGCAACAGAUGCCUCCGAAUCAGCAAAUGGCGCCGAACCAGCAGAUGCCGGGUCAAAUGUCGCAGAAUAUCCCCGGGCAGAUGAAGGUGCAGCAGCAGAACUUCGUGAACGCGCAGCAGCCGCCCGGGCCGCCGCAGCAGACGCAGCAGCAACAGACAAACGUCAAGUCAGAACACAACAACAACACGGCAGAGCUAAUAAGUUUCGAUUGAAAGUAAACGAUAUUUUUAGUUGCGGCGCUAUGACACCGUUUUACACAAAUGACUGGCAAACCUUAUCUGUGCGACUUGCUCCAUCUCGAUAACUCGUCUCUCUGUCGCUAGCCGCCGAGCUAGCUACUGAAACCUCAGUAAUAUUCUUGGUGCAAGUCGCACUCAGGUGUAAGCGAUAUAUUAUCUAGAUUUUAUUCCCUGAAAUUUAUGUAGUGUGAAAUGAUACUGAUACUGAAAUGUUCGACAGUAAAGUAUAGACACAGAUUGUAGAGGUAGGUAUUUAUUGUAUAAUUGUUGCAUUUUUUUAUAAACAUCACUGCAAGUUGAAAUUAUCUAGAAAAUUAGCAGUUUUAUUGCAUCCUUAUUUUGCUUUUAAUGUUAAAAGUAACGAUAUGGCCUUGUAAGCUUUGUAAAAAUGUGCAUCGUGUAAAAAUACGUCAUUUUGUAGUACUAGCUCAUAAUUAAAUAGAGAUUUUAUUAUUUUAAAUUUAAAAUACAUAUUUUUGUUGCUUUUUUUAUUUUUGUGGAAUAACUGAUUUGUUACAUUUGUAUCUAAGUUAUGUAAAAUAUAUACUUACCAUUAAAUAUUAAAAUAUCAA